UCAAAAAUGAGCGAGAAGUUUGGAUAUUACAAAAAAAAACCCCAAAACAAUGGGCUGAUUUGUGCUCUCUGGCUCCGGGGCAAUUCCUCUGGGAUCCCUGGGGUUGUAUCAGUGGCCAGGGAGCGGAGUUUGGCUCUCGCUAAGUGGUUUAUGGGAUUUUUAUUUUUCAUGUAGCCAAAAAGUGGGAAAAAAUUCAAAGAAGUAUUUGGUGUGGAAAAACAAAAGACGUUCAAAGCCUUCUAAGCUGGCCAAAGGAUCCCUUUGCGGGGACAGAUGUGUUAAGGGGAACAAGAAGUGUCGGGGAGCAGGGCUGAGCUGGACCAUGGCGGUGGUUGCAGAAGGGAUGCUCGGCACCAGCCCCGGCUCCCAGGGUUUGGUGUGUGCAGCGAGCAGGGGGUGGGCGACCUGGCUGUUGGCGAGGGCUGCCCUGUGCACGGCCCCUCACGAGUUGUCCUUGAGCUGCCCAGCAAGGCAGACACGGAGGUUUUGUGUCCAUCGCCCAUCCGAUGGUAGCCCUGUCCCGGGUGUCUCUCGUCGCUCGGGCUGCGGUUGUGCUGGUGGGCAGCGUUCGGCGUGGGGGGCCCUGGUGCUGGGCCUCCCUCCCCUCUCUGCGCCCGGCCCAAGGGGCGAAGCCGCAGCGUGGGGUUGGAUAAACGCAUCGGUUGCGGGUGUUUCCUUUUGGUUUUCACUCUGUUGUAAAGCGCAGAGGUGGUGUCGUCUUCAGCUGUCAGCUCUCUGGUCUUUCGCGAGCAUGGGUUCAUUUUUUUUACUUUGAGCAACUUGACUGGAGAUGGCGCAGAGGUGCCAGGAGGCAGCAGAGGAAGGAAGGGGACCGGCAUGUUUGUCCCUGGAGGGUUGGGGACAGUAGGAGCACUCACGCAGGUGAGCGUGGAGCCACGAUUUGGGAAGGAGCCCCAGGGACCCCUCUCUGUGCCUGCUCCGGAGACCAGCCAGCCCCGGGAAGGAGCCCAGGCAGUUCCUACCCAGGUCUCCCACCAAAAGAGCCCAAAUUAGCUGAAUAAAUGAUCUCUGUGUUCAGCACCAAAUGCCAGAGAACCUGUUGCCAAGGCAGGAAUUUCUCACUUGAUCCGAUUAACCUUUGUGUCUGUGCGAACCACCACAUAUGUGUCACCAGCUGAACAUGCGCUGGAAGCUUUUUGCCAGCUCUGCUCAGAGCAUCUGGGCGGCACGCGAUGCGCAGUGCCCGGUUGCCGCGUGGAAAGUCCCCGGGGGCACCUCAGAAAGGCCUGUUGGACCCUCGUGUCCCACGUGUCGAUGGCACGGCGGGCGAUCCGGGCACACGGGAGAUGCUUCCCCGACCUGCCCCGUCCCUCUGGGCGCAAGGACAGGCGGGAUGAGUCUGGCUGCUCGGGGCGUUGAGUUAAACCAUGCUAAACGCGAUCUCGUGGGAGGAAUUGGGGGCGACGAGUCAAAUCUGUGUUUUAAAAAACGUGUGUGGGGGAGUGAAGUGUUGAGCGAAGGUGAAGAAGGCACCGGUUGGCGCUUCCCUGAGUCAUACCGCUGGUGCCGGGCUGAGUGUCGCGGUGGUCGGGGGAAUCACCUCCCAAGGGCUCGAUGCUCUCGUUUGGGGGGGCUCGGGGGGCUCCUUUCCCCCCGGGGCCCUCCCGGUGCGGCCCCCAUCCUCAGACGUGCCUUUGCUUGUGCUGUCGGGAGGGGAGGAAGGUACCUGAAACCAAGCGGGGCAGAGCUUGGAGGGGUGUCCUGCCGCCCGCUUCCAUCGGGAGCGAGACUGGGCCUUCUGCGAUAAUUCCUGGUGUUCAUUAUUUAUAGAGAAGCCAAAUUGAAUUAUUAAUACGGAAAAUUCAGAUAACAUUAACAAUUCUCAGUUUAUAACAGUUUCCCAUUAAUAAGGAAAAUUGGAAAUUUAUCACUACAUCUGCUCAUUAAAACUCACUUUUUUUUUUUUUUUUUCCUUUUGGUGUCUUAAAUGAAAGCAGAGAAAUAAACGAAGAGGAAAAGCCAUUUAUUCACUACUUCUCUGGGCAAAGUCAGCCCAUAAUUUUUAAUAAAGUCUUUGCCAUUACAUGUGGAGGGGGGAAACCAGCCUAUAACGAAAGCAGCUUUUCAGCCAUGUCUACGGCGUCGCACGACCGUAGAACAAAUACUCGGAAACACGUCCCGUUUCUUCUCUUUGAGGGAACCUUUAAGCUGCGUGAUAGUUUUCUAAUUUCCCUCCCUCCCCGGCAGCUCUCCUUGCUUUCAGCAUGUGUUGCUCACAGCUCCGAGGAGUGAAUUUUAAUGCCUCCCCUGCUUCUUUCAGAGAUGGCGGAUUCCUAUACCUGUAAAGGUGGAAGGAAAACUGCAGGCUCUAACAAACCCGCUGCCAGCAAAGAAAGCAGGACAGAGACAAGGAUAAACCCGCCCGCAGAGCUGCCCAAGCUCGGAAAUGCAACUAGUGACAAAACCGAAGGCAGGAAGAAAGGACGACCCAAGGCUGAGAACCAGGCGCUGAAAGACAUCCCCCUCCCCCUGAUGAACCAAUGGAAGGAUGAAUUCAAAGCCCACUCCAGGGUGAAAUGUCCCAAUUCAGGCUGCUGGCUGGAGUUCCCCAGUAUUUAUGGCUUGAAGUACCACUAUCAGCGCUGCCAGGGGGGUGCGAUCUCAGAGAAGCUGACGUAUUCCUGCUCCUACUGCGAAGCUGCCUUCACCUCCAAAACCCAGCUAGAAAAACACCGGCUCUGGAAUCACUUGGACCGGCCAGUGCCAACCAGCAAAGCAGAAAACAAAGUGCCGAAGGCCAUUGGGAAGAGCAGUGGCAAGAAAAGAGCUGCUGAGAGUUCAGCUUGCCCCACCAUCCAUCCCAAACAGGCAAAGACGGAAAAAGCCGUGGCCCAGGACCACGCCGAGAAUGGCGAGUGCCUGGCGGAGAGCCGGGAGAGCAAGGAGUUUCAGAUCGCGGCAGCUGAGGCCAUGGCAGCUGCCACCCCCACGGCGAAGUCCUCGAGCGGCAAGGAUGCCGUGCAGCAGGGGGGCAGCCAGGCCUCGCUGCAGGAGGAAGACCCCGAGAGGAUGAAGCACAAGUCAGGAAGGAAACAGAAAACUCCUAAGAAAUUUACGGGGGAGCAGCCGUCCAUCUCGGGGACGUUUGGACUGAAAGGUCUCGUCAAAGCGGAGGACAAGGCGAAAGCCCAUCGAGCCAAAAAGUUGGAAGGGAACACCAGCACGGAGGAGCUGAAAAAGAAACUUCCAGGAGCUGGUGUGAAGAAGGAAACGGCUGUGCAUCUGCCAGCAGCAAGCCCUGAGGACCAGUGGCAGCGGGAGAUCAGCGAGAAGGGAGAAGUCGCUUGUCCAACCUGCAGCGUUAUAACCAGAAAAACUGUUGUGGGGCUCAAAAAGCACAUGGACGUCUGCCAGAAACUGCAGGAUGCCUUGAAGUGUCAGCACUGCAAAAAGCAGUUCAAGUCCAAAGCUGGGCUGAAUUACCACACCAUGGCUGAACACGUCAGCAAGCCUGUUCCUGUGGAAAACGCUGGACUUGGUGAACAGGAAGAGCGGGAAAGGCUGAGGAAAGUGCUAAAGCAGAUGGGAAAACUGAAAUGCCCCAAUGAGGGCUGUGUGGCCAACUUCUCCAGCCUGAUGGGCUACCAGUACCACCAGAAGCGGUGUGGGAAGCAGCUCGCCGAGGCUGACAAGCCCAUCUUCAGCUGUCCACACUGCGGCAAGAAGUAUAAAUCCAAGGCCGGCCACGACUACCAUGUGCGGUCAGAACACGCGGCUUCGGUGAGCCCCCCGGACGCCUCCGCAGCCCGAGGAGCGGGGCCAUCCCCCCCCGGGGGUGACUGCAGAGCUGCAGAGCCUGUGGGCAGGACAGAGCCGGGCAGGGCCGGGCCGGGCAAGCCUCCGGAGGAGCCAGAGGUGAAGCCGGAGCCCAGCCCCGUAGAAGAUUUUGAAAGGACCCCAAGUGGCCGCAUCCGUCGGACGUCAGCCCAAGUAGCCGUUUUCCACCUUCAGGAGAUAGCGGAGGACGAGCUCGCCAAGGAUUGGACCAAGCGGAGGAUGAAGGACGACCUGGUGCCUGAAACGAAGCGGAAUAUCAGGCAUGUCACAGAGAUGUGAGUGAGGAGUGGAGAG